GAGCUACAGGUUUUUCUUCCCGUCCUUGCCCUUAUAAGCGCCACUUUUCGGAGACUCUGCAUCUAUCGCAGACAUGAAGACCCUGAGCAUCACUGUGGUUCUGGUACUGCUGGCGGGGGCAUGGGCUCAGGUCAAUGUUUUACGUCCUCUGUGCGACUCACCUGAGGCAGAGGAGGCUGCUCUGUUGGCCAGGGAUUACCUCAAUGCCCAGCACACUCAUGGCUACAAGUAUGAGCUGAACAGGAUCGAGGAUAUCAAGAUCUUCCCCGGGCUCAAUGGAAGCGACACCUAUGUUCUAGAAGUUGACCUGCUGGAGACAGACUGUCAUGUGUUGGACCCCACACCUGUUGCAAACUGCACAGUCAGACCCAAAAUGCUGACAGCAGUGGAAGGAGACUGUGAUGUGGUGCUGAAGAAAGUCGGAGGAGUGCUGACUGUCACCGCAUUCAAGUGUAAAACAGAGGAAUCAACCGAGGACUGCGUGGGCUGUUUCAACCUCCUCCCACUGAAUGACACCGCAGCACUGGACUUUGUGCAUACCUCUUUGGCAACCUUUAAUAACAAUACUGGCAAUGUGACUUAUGCUAUUCUGGAGGUUGGAAGGAUAUCGUCACAGGUUGUGUCUGGAGGACACCAAUAUUUAGCAGAAUAUGUCGUCAUUGAGGCUAACUGCACUGACGAAGUCUGCGUGCCCACGAGUGACCCCUUGGCUGAGCGUGGCAUUUGUACUGCUAAAGGUUUUGCACGUUCUCACGUUUUGCAGUGCAAGAUGUUCCACAUUCCCAUGGUGCCUGUUGUGGAUGCCAACAGCACUAUGGCUGCAGUUCCCGUCUCACCACCAGCUGUCCACAUACACACAGGCAGCAUGUCACACAAGCACGGUCUAAGACACCACAAACUGACCCCUCUCCACAAUCCUGAUCUAAGCGGUCAUCUGUCAGAAUCAUCGGAGUCAGCAGAAAUUGUACCUGUUGCCUCCGCAGUGGCUGUUGAUUCGGCCCCUCCUGCUGCUGCUGAUGCCAAUGUUGCUGCUGCUGCUGAUAUUGCUGUUGACUCUGCCUCAGACUCUUCCAGCAGUAGAGAGGACCACAGGUUGAAGAGAGAUGCACCUGCUGCUCCUAUCAUCGCAUUAACUCACUUUACGAUAUCUGAAACUGGCCCUGGUCUUGUCAGGUCAGUGUGCCCAGGAAGGAUCAGAUUCUUCGACUGAACAGGCCCCUCAGACUCUAUAUUUGCUUCCUUGAUGCUAUUUUAACUUGAAUUGAUGCAGGAACAUGUUGUAAUGACACAAACAUGAAGUAUAACUAAUUUCUUGAAAAUUGAGGAAGAGAGCUGUGUAUUUCGUGCUCAAUAAAUCUUUCAAGUCCA